GUGAAGAAUCUUUUUCUCAGAACAUGGACAAACCCAUUCCACAGUGGUGGAGCACUUAUAAAUCAACCCUAGCCAGCAGACUCACCAUGCUCACAUCACACACUCCUGCUCUGCUCGCCUCUUACACCUUGCUGCUCCUGUUGGUCCCCACCUCAGGGGUACUCCAGCCUGAUGCUGAGCGCCAAGGCUUGCUUGAGGCCAGCAACGUCGAUGACCGGGGGGCUCUAAUCCUGGAGGCGGUGAAGAAGGGGAUCCUUGGCUCUCUGGGUUUGGACAAAGAGCCAAAGCCUGCCAUGAAGGCCUCACAGAGGGAGCUGAGGAAGAUGUUCAAGCUCUACAGGGAAAAAAUCAGCGAGAUGAGGAGAAACUCCAGCCAGUCAGUGAGGGAGACCUGGCAGUCCAACACGUCCACUGUGCUCUUUCCAGCCGAGCCGUUGCAUGUUCUACGGAAGGGUGAUCAGCGACACAUUGUUUGGUAUCGAGCUGUUUUCCAAAAGAACCCAAAAAUUUACUCUGAACUGACUCUGGCACAAGCACAACUGAAAGUAUCCGGUUCUGGCUUAGGUAACAAUCCCAAAACUAGAAGAUACAUCAAAGUUAAAAUUAAUGGGAUGAAGCCAAGAAACUCUGCUGCAUGGACCUACAAUGACAGCAAUUCAAUGAUCCCAAGGGUGACCCUGGACAUCAGCCCUGAGGCAAGCAGAGGGAUGUGGAUAAAUGAUCAAGUACUGGUCGUCGAUGUAGGGAUGGCUCCACUUAGCAGGAAAGCCUCUAAAUUAAAACCAACUGUGACUCUGGAACUGGGCCUAAAGGACUCUGUCCCCUCUCGGGGCGGAAGGUGGCGCCGCUCAAACAAGGAAGACAACUGUGAUGAGCGAGGGUGGUGCUGCCGGAAGUCUGCGACCGUGUCCUUCAAAGAUAUCGGCUGGACGGACUGGGUGGUGGCCCCAACCGAGUACACCAUGCAUUUCUGUGACGGCACCUGCCCCCACAACUACAAGCCGGCCAGCAUGCACACACAGGUGAAGUCCCGCCUGCACCAGAUCACCAAGGGAGAGAUGCCCCGGCCCUGCUGCGUCCCGGCAGCAUACGAGCCCAUGGUGCUGAUGCACUACGACAGCAGGGGGAAGCUGAAGCUGACUCUGUUCAACGACUUCAUCGUCACUAAAUGUCACUGUGCCUGAGCAGAACAUGCAACAGACUGUUUCAACGCCUUUAGACUCCAUCCAUCCACCCAUCCAUCCAUCCAUCCACCCAUCCAUCCAUAGAUGCUCCUCUAGGGAUUAUGGCAUUAAAUUAAACAAGAAGAAUAUCUUGUGUGACGUAGGUUAGUUCUUAAAAAGGUGGAUUUCAUGAAUUAAAUACUUGACUUGAUUAAAAGUGCAUUUAUUCACUAUAAAUGGAAAAAAAAACAGGUAUUUAUUUAAUGUUUGUUUAUUUAUUAUUUGUUUUAUUAUAUCACUGUUGUGCUCCGUUACACCAGAUGCAUUGAGCUACAUUAUUUUAUAGGACUUUGAUAUUCCGAGUGUUGUCUUAUGCAUUUCUAUAAUUGAAAAUUAAUAAAACUUCAAUUUAAAAAAACAUAA